AAUCAUUGAAUGUUUUUAUAGUCAAUCAGCGUGAAAUGAAUGAAAGACUUCUAUAUAUAAAGUACAAUUAUUAUUUAUAAGAACCAACUUUGUACCUUUGAAGAUAAGAUAUUAUUUGUAGAAUCACAAUCUGUUCACUUCAGAUUUAUUGGUGUGGAGUGUAGACUGGCGGUGUAAAAAAAAUGGCAAAAGCUAAAAUCGCCCGAAAAGAAGAACAACGACUAAAAGAAGAAUUCCAAUUGGAAGAAGGAAAUGAUACCGAGCCGCAUAUUCCAGCCCCUCCGGAUGGAGGUUACGGUUGGGUCAUCGUAUUUGCUUCAUUUAUAUGUAACAUGGUUGUAGAUGGCGUCUCUUUUUCAUUUGGACUCCUUUUGCCAUUUUUGGUGGAACAUUAUGGAGAAACUAAAGGAACCACUGCAUGGGUAGGCUCUCUAUUGACAGGGUUCCAGUUAGGAGCUGGGCCAUUAGUUAGCGCAGUAGCUAAUAAAUUUGGUUGUAGAAUAGCGUGCUUAAUCGGUUGUGUAUUAGCUUCUUCUGCUGUAGCGCUAUCCACAAUGUGUCCAUCAGUAUCCGUGAUGAUGCUCGUUUACGGCGUAUUGGGAGGAAUGGGCUACGGUUUUAUCUAUCUACCAGCCGUUGUAAUGGUAGGUUAUUACUUCGAAUCGAAGAGAUCUUUAGCGACUGGUAUAGCCGUUUGUGGUACCGGAGUUGGAGCGUUCGCCUUCGCUCCUUUAGUAACAGCCUCAUUGAAGAAUUUCGGUUGGAAAUACACUAAUUUAUUUCUAGCUGGUAUCACCAUAAGUUGCGCGCUGUUCGGCGCUUUAAUGAAACCGUUGAAUUAUGGAGUGGUCGAAGAAAAUGUUGUACAGGAAAAAGUACCUGCGAGACCAAGGAGUAGAACAAGCGAGGGUAACGUUUCGAAUCCUGGAGCGGUAUUUAGUUCGACGCUUUCUAUUACUAAAAGGAAAGGAAGUGUACAACCAUUAGCACGAAAAGAUGUCCUUUAUACAGGAUCUAUUCAAAAUCUUAAAGAGUUUCAAUCGAGAACUUCUUUAGCGGAGUACAGACAUAGUGUUCAUAGUCUUAACAAACCUAAAACUUCUAAAGGUAAAAGUUUUUGCAACGUUUCCGAACUUCUUGGCGAUCUGUUAGAUCUGAGUCUUCUCAAAGAUGCUGUAUUCUUAGUAUUAGCUUUUGCUACUUUAUUCGCCAUUUUAGCAUUUUAUAUACCUUUUGUAUACUUAGUUGAGCUGGCCAAAACCAAAGGAAUUGAUGAAUCUCAAGGAUCUAUGCUUAUAUCGAUUAUCGGUAUAACCAACAUCAUUGGACGUAUUGGUGUUGGAUUCAUAGCAGAUUUUCCCAAAGUCAACAAUUUCCUUAUCAACAACAUCUGCUUGGUACUAGCAGCUAUUGGAGUUAUAAUUAUGCCUUUGUGCUCAAGUUUCGCGACGCUAGCAGCUGUAUCUGUAGUAUUUGGAUUCUCAGUAGCUGGAUACAUUUCUUUAACUUCAAUAAUCCUGGUGGAGUUCCUCGGACUGGAUAAACUCACUAAUGCCUUCGGAUUGAUAAUACUCUUCAGAGGAGCAGCAGCUACGUUCGGUACUCCCAUAGCGGGCACUUUAUAUGAUUAUACCGGAUCGUAUACGAUUCCAUUUUUCUUUGGAGGAGCAGCGUUCGCUAUAUCGGCACUCAUUAGUAUGUCAGCUCCUUGCUUUAGAAAAAAUACUGAGCUUGUAGAUCGAGAUGUAUCGGCUCCUAUUAAUGUUAAAGAAGAGAAAAGUGAUAAUGUUGUGUAAAUUCUAAUAAAAUUAUUUAUUUAUAAA